AUGGCAGAAGUUCUUGCUGACCAGCCCGAGCUCAUGGGUCUGACUGGUUCCCCUGGCCAGAAGCGAAAGCGCGAAUCCGGUAGUCCUGACCUGUCGAGGAAUAAACGUCCAGCGCCAGCUGCUCACAUGUCUACCGAUGCGGCCUCGUUUAUGGACAGCGCCAUGGAAAGCCACGGUGUGAGCGCUAAUGGCGUAAAUGUUGCCGACUUCAACGCUCUGCAACAGGCUACUCAAGAACAUGACCACCCCGAUGCCCCAGAUCCUACCAGUGCUACCAGUACCGCUCAGGCUGCUCUUGGGAUGUAUCCCACUCUUCACGUUCCACCCUCGACUGAAGAACAAUUUGCUGCCCAGGCGGCAACUGAUCCCGACCAUGGUCACGAUACAUCUUUCAAUCCUGAUGUGACGCCCUCAGUUGAUGGCAUCAUGGAACCCCCUCAGGUUGCACCUCCUCAGCAUCAGCAUACGCCUCCCAACGGCGUUCCGCAUCCGCCAGCAAGAUACAAUCCCGCUGCCCCUAACCCCAAGCCUACCGUCGGUUCAGAAGAGUGGCACAAGAUGCGAAAGGACAACCACAAAGAAGUGGAACGUCGUCGACGUGAAACGAUUAACGAGGGCAUCAACGAGCUCGCAAAAAUUGUUCCUGGUUGCGAAAAGAAUAAAGGUUCUAUCUUGCAACGAGCUGUCAGCUUCAUCUCUCAGCUUAAGGAGAACGAACAGCAGAACAUAGAGAAAUGGACGCUCGAGAAGCUGCUUACGGAGCAAGCUAUUACAGAACUGAGUGCUUCCAACGACAAGCUAAAGCAGGAAUGUGAGCGCCUUUAUCGUGAACUCGAGAUCUGGAAACGUGUGGCUCAAAAUGCUGGUCUCGAGCCUCCCCAGCCGAAGGAGGAGAACACGGCUACAUCGAGUUAA